GAGAAGAAACUGGGGCGCGGGACUGUGGCAUCGGGGAGGCGAGGAAAGGGAAGCAAGCACCAUGCACCGGGCACAGGCACGUGGCGGCACCAGUGGGGCCAGCGGGGAGACUGGGCGGGCAACGGGGAGAGCCCCUCCGAGCCCCGGCAUCCCCCCGAAGCGCGCCAAGGUCACGGCGGAGCAGGGGGCGGCCGAGGAGGGCCCCACUCGCCUGGCGGCGCCGGCCUUCGUGCGGAAGCUGAAGAACGCAGCCAUUGGCACUGGCUGUGACAUCCGGCUGCGGGUGGUGGUGGUGGGGAACCCCCGGCCCAGCUUGCGCUGGUACCACAACGAGAAGCAGCUGGCCCCACGCGAGGACGAGUAUGGCACGCUGUGGAUCCGGGACAGCACAAAGGAGGACGCCGGUGUAUACACAUGCGUCGCUGAGAACGAGCGAGGAGAGGCCAUGACCAGCGCGGUGCUGGCCAUCAUUGACAUGGAAGACUCGGAGACUGGUGAGGAUGAGCCCAGCGACCCCCAGGUGACGCAGCGCAGUGAGCUGCAGGAUGAGACGGCCUUCAGCACCCCCACGGGUGGCUCCGACACCCUGGUGGACGCCUCCAUGAACACGACACCAACCUCGGUGCUGGCCCUGUCUCAGACAGAGGAGCGCUCCAGCUGGUCGGGCAGCCAGCAGACUGUUGUGGAGAAGGAGCCAGAUGCCAGCCUCCCCCUGCGGGGACCCUACCUCCGCCCUAGUGCCUGGCAGCCACAGGGAACUCCAAGGCAAGCAAACGCGCCGUCCCCACGUGGCGCCGAGGUCCGGCACCUGGGCGUGGAGCCGCUGGUGCGGGCAUCACGGGCUAAUCUGGUGGGCACAAGCUGGGGGUCGGAGGAUAGCCUUUCUGUGGCCAGCGACCCGUAUGGCAGCGCCUUCAGCCUGUACCGAGGACGGGCGCUCUCGCUCCACGUCAGCAUCCCCCAGGGGGGGUACCGGCGAGAUGACCCCCAUAGUGGUCCCGUCUCCCCAAAGCCCGGUGCUGAGCCUCAGCACUCACCCGCUGCCCUGCCGCUGACCGCCAAGCCGCCCAUCAUCCGCUCGCCGUCCCCAAGAGCAGGCCUGUGCCCCCCCCCACCCUCCGGAGCCACCCCGCAACCCUCUGCCCGCCUCCCCUCCUCCUCCUGCACGCCCGUGACCCCACGCAGGACAUCCUCAGUGCCGACCGACUACCAGGACACCGUCCCCGAGGAGUACGAGGAAAAGAUCAAGAAGCCCAAGUCACAGGGCAGCACGCAGGACUCCCGGCCCGCCACGCCCAUGAGCGACGCGUCGGGCCGCGUCUCGGUGCGGGCAUCGCCCAAGCUGGUGCGCGCUGGCUCCAGGAUCUUCGAGCGGCUGCAGUACUUUGAGGAGCGCCGCGGGAGCCUGGAGCAGGCAGACAGCCCCUUCCCCACACGGCCAUGGCUGCCCCUGCGCAAGACGCGCUCCUUCGACCAGCCAGGCUGGGAGCGGCGGGCAGGCACGCCGGGGGGCUGGCGGGAUGGGGAGGGCAGUGCGGCCAGCCGCCGCCAGGCCUUUCGCCAGAAGGCCGCCUCCUUCGACGAGCGGGGCAAGUUUGCUGGGCGCGUGCAGGACAUUGAGCACAAGUUCUCAGAGGAGCUGAGCCGCAUCAAGAGGACCGUGUCCAAGCAGCAGCUGCGGCGCUCGCAGGAGCUGGGCAAGGCUGAGUCCCAACCACCUGCUGAGCCCCCCGCCGCCCGCACCCCACGCGGCCCGGCCUUGCCACGCAAGGUGCCACCAGCCAAGGCCUCAGCUCCGGCCGAGGGCACGCACGUCAUCCAGCACCUGGCUCUCUCCAGCGUGGCGCUGGUGGGGCCCAAUGGGGAGCCAGAGCCAGGGGGACAGAGGGCUCGGCGAGGCCCGGCACGGGGCAGCAUGGCGGAGGAGGCGAGGAAGGCCGUACAGCAAGAUGGCGGCGGGGAAGUGCGGAAGAAAGAGCAGUGGCUGUUGGCGCAGGCCACCCCGCGGGGCCGCACCACCGAAGGGACCCCAUGCCCAGAUGGAGGUCCCGUGGCUGCGGCCAGGGCCCCCGGGGUGGCGAGCGAAGGGCUGGCUGCCAGGUUGGCUGUGCCCCACGGGCUGUACCGGAGGCCCGAGGUGUCCACAGAGGUGCGGUUCCUGCCCUGGGCGAAGCCAGGCAUGGAGCAGGAGGCCCGGCUGGAGAGGAGCUGGGCUGGGCAGCACGGCACAGGGAAGGAGGUGGAGAGAAGGCAGGCAAAAGUGGCAGAGAAGAAAGAGAGUGUCCGGACGGCUCAGGAAGGCAGAGGCACGCGGAGCAAGGGGAAGGGACGCCGGGCCCGGCCCACCUCUCCAGAGCUAGAGUCCUCCGAUGACUCCUACGUCUCGGCGGGUGAAGAUCCCCUGGAAGCGCCCAUCUUUGAGAUCCCCAUCCAGGACACAGCAGUGGCCGUGGGGACAGAGGUGCUCCUCAAGUGCAUUGUCACGGCCAACCCACAGCCAGAAGUGUCCUGGAGGAAGGACGGGGUGCCGCUAAGGAGCAGCACGGCACGGCCCAUCAAGGCGGAGGGCGAGCGACACACUUUGCUGGUCAGGAGCGCCCGGGUGGCUGACGCCGGCCUCUACACGGUGACAGCGGCUAACGAAGUGGGAGCCACCUGCUGCAGUGCCAUCCUCAGCGUGCGGCCCGCCCCCGCCGUGGAGCGGCAUGGGAACCUGGCCCCCCCCCUGGGCCAGGUCAGCCCCAUCACCUCAGAUGAGGAGUACCUGAGCCCACUAGAAGAGUUUCCCGAGCCCGGGACCCCGCAGCACCGACCGGCCAUGAAGCUGCAGCCCAGAGCGGAGCAUGGGGCUGCCCACAGCAAUUCGGAGAGCAGCUUCAAGGCUGCACCUACCUUUGAGGUGGCCCUGUCGGACCAGUCGGUGCUGGAGGGGCAGGAUGUCAGCAUGAGUGUCCGCGUCCGCGGGGAGCCCAAGCCCAUCAUUUACUGGCUGCGGAACCGGCAGCCCGUGAAGUAUGGCCGCCGGCACCAUGCAGAGGAGGCAGAGGGGGCCCGGGGGCUGUACACGCUGCACAUCCUGGCGGCUGAGCGCACUGACACCGGCUUCUACACCUGCAAGGCUGUCAACGAGUAUGGCACCAAGCAGUGCGAGGCCAAGCUGGAGGUCAGAGCUCGGCCCGAGUGCCAGUCCCUGGCCGUGGUGGUUCCCCUGCAGGACGUGGUGGUCGGGGCGGGGGAGCUGGCACUCUUUGAGUGCCUGGUGGCUGGCCCGCCAGACAUGGAUGUGGACUGGCUGUCACGGGGCCGGCUGCUCCAGCCCGCCCUGCUCAAAUGCAAGAUGCAUUUUGAUGGGCGCAAGUGCAAGCUACUGCUCACCUCCGUGCAUGAGGAUGACAGCGGCAUCUACACCUGCAAGCUCAGCACGGCCAAAGAUGAGCUGACCUGCAGCGCCCGGCUGACGGUGAAGCCCUCCGUGCAGCCGCUCUUCACCCGCAAGCUGGAGGACAUGGACGUGGUGGAAGGACGGACGGCACGCUUCGACUGCAUGGUCAGCGGGACCCCUGCGCCGACAGUCACCUGGAGCCACUUCGGCCAGAUGGUGCAGGAGGGGGAGAACGUGCGCAUCCAGCGGGAUGGGGGGCUGCACUCGCUGGUCAUCGUGCACGUGAGCAGUGAGGAUGAGGGGCACUACGUGGUGACUGCCAGGAACGCCCAUGGCCACGUGGAGUGCUCCGCCGAGCUCUACGUGGAGGAGCCGCGGCCGUCCGCUGCCUCCCAGAUCUCCAAGCUGGAGAAGAUGCCGUCCAUCCCAGAGGAACCAGAGCAGGCGGAGACCGAGGCAGAGUGCUUCACCAUGCCUGACUUCCUGAAGCCACUGCACAACCUGGAGGUGGUGGAGUCCAAGGAGGCGGUGCUGGAAUGCCAGGUGGCUGGGAUGCCCUACCCCUCCAUUACCUGGUUUCACAACGGCUCACGCAUCGACAGCACUGAUGACCGCAAGAUGAUGCAGUAUAAGGACGUGCAUCGCUUGGUGUUCAGAGCCGUCAGCCACGCACAUGCUGGUGUCUAUAAAAGCGUUAUUGCCAACAAAGUAGGGAAGGCCACAUGCUAUGCACACCUCUAUGUCACAGAUGUGGUGCCAACCCCUCCGGAUGGGCCCCCCACUGUGGCCUCAGUGACCGGCAGAGCCAUCACACUAACAUGGAACAAGCCCAAGUGGUUGGACACGGCCAUAGACCCCAGCUCGGUGACCUACGUGGUGCAAAUGCAAGUGCUGGGCAUGACACAGUGGAUGGUGCUGGUGGCUGGUGUGCGGGACACUACCUACACGGUGCACGGGCUCACCAAGGGGGCCCAGUACCUCUUCCGUGUCAUCACCGCCACCCCCAAGACCAACAGCAAGCCCUCCCCGCUAGUGGGGCCCGUGAAGCUCCUGGACCGGGGUCCCUACCUGGACGAGGCUCCAGUCAUCCUGGACAAGCCCGAUGUAGUGUACGUGGUGGAGGGCCAGCCAGCCUCCAUCACCGUCACCAUCAACCAUGUGGAGGCCACUGUCACCUGGAAGAGGGGCGGGCAGGUGCUGGGGGAGCAGGAGGGCACAUGCGAGGUGACGAUGCCGGAUGAUGACCAGCACUGCCUGCGGCUGCUGCGCGUGGGUCGGGGGGCUGCAGGGCCGCUGGUCUGCGAGGUGAGCAACCGCCACGGCACUGCCCGCUGCACCCUCCGCCUCCACCUCGCAGAGGCACCACGCUUUGAGUCCAUCAUGGAGGACAUCGAUGCCCAGGAAGGGGAGACGCCUCGCUUCGCCGUGGUGGUGGAGGGAAAGCCACUGCCAGACAUCAUGUGGUACAAGGAUGGGGAGCUGCUGGAGGAGAGCAGCCACCUGAGCUUCGUUUACGAGGACAACGAGUGUUCCCUGGUGGUGCUGGGUGCUGCCGAGCCUGACAGCGGGGUAUACACCUGCACGGCCAGGAAUGUGGCGGGAGAGGUCUCCUGCAAGGCUGAGUUGGUGGUGCGCGCAGCCCAGCCUGCAGCCGAUGCCACCAUGGAGGAAGAUGCGCUGCACAAGGCACGACGCCUGACUGACUACUAUGAUGUGCACGAGGAGAUCGGGAGGGGGGCUUUCUCUUACCUGCGGAGAGUGACGGAGAAGAGCAGCCGCCUGGACUUUGCCGCCAAGUUCGUCCCUGGCAGAACCAAGGCCAAGCAGUCAGCACGCCGGGAGCUGCACAUCCUCUCACAGCUUGACCACGAGCGCAUCGUCUUCUUUCAUGAUGCCUUCGAGAAGAAGAACGCAGUCAUCAUGGUGAUGGAGCUCUGUGCUGAGGACGAGCUGCUGGACAGGAUGGCAAGAAAGCCCUCAGUGUGCGAGUCUGAGGUCCGCUCCUACAUGCGGCAGAUCCUGGAGGGGAUCUGCUACCUGCACCAGCACCAAGUCCUGCACCUGGACAUCAAACCAGAAAACCUCCUGAUGGCAGAUUCAAGCAGUGAGCAGGUCCGGAUCUGCGACUUCGGCAACGCGCAGGAGCUGACACCUGACGAGCCGCAGUACUGCAAGUAUGGCACCCCCGAGUUUGUGGGGCCCGAGAUCGUCAACCAGAGCCCUGUCUCCAGUGUCACUGAUGUCUGGCCCGUGGGGGUCAUCGCCUACCUGUGCCUCACGGGGAUCUCCCCUUUUGUGGGUGAGAACGACAAGACGACGCUGAUGAACAUCCGCAACUACAAUGUGGCUUUUGAGGAGAGGAUGUUCCAGGGGCUCACUCGGGAGGCCAAGGGCUUUGUCAUCAAAGUGCUGGUCAACGACAGGCUGAGACCCAAUGCGGAGCAGACUCUGGAGCACCCCUGGUUCAAGACGCUGGCCAAGGGAAAGGUCAUCAGCACUGACCACCUGAAGCUCUUCCUCUCCCGUCGGAAAUGGCAGCGCUCACAGAUCAGCUACAAGUGCAACAUGGUGCUACGGCCGAUCCCAGAGCUGCUGGAGGACACCUCCAACCACCUCUCCAUCGCUGUGCCUCGCCACCUCAAGGAGUCUCCAGCCCUCUCGUCCUCCUCAGACUCAGAUGACCUGGAUGAGCUGCCCUUCAUCCCCAUGCCACACCAGGUGGAGUUCUCUGGCUCCCGCAUGUCCCUCAAUGAGAUCCCCACGGAUGAUGAGAUGCCGGGGCCAGCUGAGGGCCUGCGGCACGAGGUGGCCGUGCCAGGGGAUGGCUCCGCCAUGGAGUGGCAGAGUGAGGCCACAGGGAAGGCUGUGGUGGCCCUGGGGAAGAGGCCGAGGGCCCCAGGGCCACGACGGCAGUGUGCGGAGGUGGAAGCACCCAGCUCCUCCGACGAGGAGGCUCCUGAGGCCCAGAAGCGGCUCGAGUAUCCUCGCAAAGCCAUGAGGAAGGGCUCCAGCCUGGAGUCCCCGGAGAGCACCCGUCGGGGCGAGCUGAAGCGGGGCAGCUCGGCCGACAGCGCCCUGCUGAGCCGGCCCCCAGGCCUUGAGGAGGGGGCUGAGGUGGGCCGGGAGCCUCGACGCGCCCUGGCCAAGGCGGCCUCCAUGGAGCUGCCGCGGCGGCGGGGGGCCGAGGAUGAGCACGCCCAGCGCCUGGAGCUGAUGCGGCAGCGCCUGCUGCGGGGCAGCACCGCCGAUGGCAAGGUCAGUGGCCUGCGGGGUCCGCUCCUGGAGACUCUAGGGGUCGGCCCCAACAAGAAGGGGCAGUGGCCACCCCGCAUGGAGCAGCUGGCACCCUCAGUGCCGCGGCUGGUGCGGGCAGCAUCCAGCGAGGCUGCCUCGCCCCACCUGCUGCCCCCGGAGCGCGUCCUGCAGAAGAGCAGCUCCUUCAGCCACGGUGACGCCGAGCCCGUUGUCCGGCACCGCCGCUCCGGCGCUCCCCUGGAGAUCCCGAUGGCCCAUGCUGAAGCCCAGCGGCUCAAGGAGUCCCCGUCGCUCUCGGCACUCUCCGAGGCACGGCCCCAGGUGCCGGAGGCCAUUGUACAGCAGCUCCCUGCAGCCAAGGCUGACCAGGAGAGGAGGCCCAGCCCUGAGAAGCGGGCCCAGCUCCAGGCCAGAGCUGCCACCACCACUGCGGGGAAGAAGCCAACGGAGGAGAAAGCGCCCACCAAGGCUGAAGCCACCAGAGCCAAAGGGAUGCCUGGGGUGGGGGCUGCCAGGCCCAGAGCAGCCACCCCGCAGCAGCCUUCAGCCCCUGGUGCUCGCACCCCCAAGACGUCCUCCUAUGCGGAGGUGAUGCAGGCGAUGGGAGCCACUUGGGAGGAGGAGCUGGCCACCAAGGAAGCCCCCCAGCCCGCUGCCCCCACUGAGCCCCCUGUACCAGCACCAGCACCAGUGGAGAAGAAAGAGGCGCAGCCCACCGGCUCCUCCAGCUCCUUGCUCAUCCAGGACAUUGACUCGGAGGAGGUCUUUGAGGCCAAAUUCAAGCGGAGCCGUGAAUCAUCCCUCAGCCGUGGGCUGAAGCUCCUCACCCGGUCCCGCUCUGAGGACCGGCACUUGGCCAGCCCCUCAGCCCGAGACGAUGGCAUUUACCGGCCCACGCCAGCCGGCGUGCCCCUGGAGCUGCGCCGGAGCCAGCCCGCCGGCUUGGCGGGGAAGUCCAAGUCAGUGCAGGACCUGCACGAGGUGGAGAAGGACAGCAGCUUCCUCCGCAGGAUGUCUGUGCUCCUCAAGCGCACUCCACCUGCCGAGCGGAGGAAGAGCAAAGGAGAGGAAGGUGGCAGUGACACUCCGACCCGUGGGCGCCGCUUCUCCUGGAGCCUGGGCUUGGGCAGCUCCAAGGAGCGCAGGGACUCAGAGAGCCUCCAGUCGGAGCCGGGGGGUGGUGGGGAGUCACCGGUGGUGACGGUGCGGCGGAAGAUCAGUGCCACUAUGGAGCGGGUGUCCUCGCGGCUGCGCAGCCUGUCAGAUGAGCGGCCUGAGGACGAGGGGCCAGGGGAGCCGGGUCAGCGGCGGCCCUCCCUGCUGCGCCGCUCCAUCUCGGAAGGAGACAGCCUGCGACAGGUGGGCGUUGUGGCACAGGACCACGUGGGGCCACCUCCGGCACCCGCACCCUCCUCCGAGUCCCUGCGCUCAGAGGGCAGCACCCGCUCCACCACCUCUGCCAAAGGUGAGGGACAGAAGCGGUCGCGCUGGGAGCGCUGGGGGCUCUCCCGGACGAAGAAGGAGAAGAUGGCCUCACAGCCCAGCAUCCCCUCCAGCCUGCUGCGGGAGGAUGGCUCCGCAGCUGGGCGGCAGCAUGCACCCAGCGAGUCGGAUUUCCCCCCCAUUUUUCACAUCAAGCUCAAGGACCAGGUGCUCCUGGAGGGUGAUGCCCUGACCCUUUGCUGCCUGCCUGCUGGCUGCCCGACCCCCAGGAUUGUCUGGAUGAAAGAUAAGCGGUCACUGCAGCCAGAUAAUGUGCUGAACAUCAUCUCCUGCAAGGACGGCCGCCAGAUGCUCACCAUCUCCAAGGUCUCCAGGAAGGAUGCAGGGCUAUAUGAGUGUGCGGCCGCCAACACCCUGGGCACAGCCAUCAGCUCCUGCACGCUGGCUGUGGCACGGCUCCCUGGGCGGCCAGGCACCCCGGAGAUCGCCCAGAAGUACAAGAACACGGUGCUGGUGCUGUGGAAACCUGCACAGAGCAAAGCCCCCUGCACCUACACGCUGGAGCAUCGGCUGGAGGGGGAGCAUGAGUGGAAGUUGGUCAGCACCGGCAUCACCGACUGCUACUUCAAUGUGACGGAGCUGCCCCCCGGCAGUGCUGCCAAGUUCCGGGUGGCCUGUGUCAAUAAGGCUGGGCAGGGGCCUUACAGCACCCCAUCAGGGAAAGUGCACCUGGAGGCAACGGACUCCCGUGCUGCUCCAGCCAAGAACACUGCCAUCCCCGUCCCUGACAAGGUGGCUUCCAGCCGGUCGACCCAGACACCUCAGGCACAGUUGGAGCCCCCGGCCCCAGGGCUGCCCCCCACCACGCCGCCCCGCAAGCACAAGGCAGCGCUGCAGAAGCCCGAGCAGCCACUGCAGCCAGGUGUCCCUGAGGGGCCACAGCCAGGCCCCAAGCUCCCACCCAACAUCACUGUCUGUGAGCCCCCGGAGCUGGUGUUCACUGCCCCUCAGACUGCUGCCAUACCCCACACGGGCACCACUGCUGCUCCCACGGACACAUCUGAUCCCACCUUGCCCACACGGGUGUCCCCCCAACCCCGGGCACCCUCUCCAUCCAAACCCUCCCCUGCUCCCUCGGCGUCCACCACCCCCAACACUGCACCCGCCAGGAAGAUGCCCCCCUACAUGGUCACCUCCUUCGUCUCUAUGCCUCCUGCCUCGCCCCCUGCCCAGGAGGCACCUGCCUCCACCAUGUCCUCCAAGGAGCCCUCGGGUGACAGCAGGGCCCCGGAUGGCACGGCACUGCGGCAGGGCGUCCCCCAGAAGCCAUACACCUUCCUGGAUGAGAAAGCGAGGGGCCGCUUUGGGGUGAUUCGACUGUGCAAGGAGAAUGCCACGGGAAAGCUCUUCAUGGCCAAGAUUGUGCCCUACGAGGCAGAGAGGAAGCAGAGCGUGCUGCAGGAGUACGAGAUCCUGAAGGCGCUGCACCAUGAGCGGAUCAUGGCCCUACACGAGGCGUACAUCACCCCUCGCUACCUGGUGCUCAUCUGUGAGAACUGUGCUGGCAAGGAGAUCCUCUACAGCAUCGUGGACAGGUUUCGCUACUCGGAGGAUGAUGUGGUGAGCUAUGUCCUGCAGCUGCUACAGGGCCUUGAGUACCUGCAUGGCCGCCGCAUUGUGCACCUUGACAUCAAGCCUGACAACGUUGUGGUCUCAGGCACAAACGCUCUCAAGAUCAUUGAUUUUGGGAGCGCCCAGACCUACAACCCCCUGGUGCUGCGGCAGCUGGGGCGGCGUGUGGGCACACUGGAGUACAUGUCGCCAGAAGUGGUGAAAGGUGACCCGGUGGGCUCUGCUGCGGAUGUUUGGGGUGUCGGCGUCCUCACCUAUAUCAUGCUGAGCGGGCGGUCGCCUUUCUUUGAACUGGACCCCAUUGAGACAGAAAACCGCAUCCUGGCAGGGCGCUUCGAUGCCUUCAAGCUGUACCCCAACGUCUCGCAGAGCGCUGCCCUCUUCAUCCGCAAGGUCCUCACCGUCCACCCCUGGAGCCGCCCCACAGUGAAGGACUGCUUCGCCAACACCUGGCUCCAGGACGCCUACCUGAUGAAGCUGCGCCGCCAGACUCUCACCUUCACCACCAACCGCCUCAAGGAGUUCCUGGUGGAGCACCAGCGGCGCCGUGGUGAGGCUGUCACCAAGCACAAGGUCUUACUCCGCUCCUACCAGGGUGGCCAGCCACCGGGGCCGCAGUAGCCGUGAGGGGUGAGGAGCCAGAGGAACAUUCCAGGGGCCGCGGGACAGGGCGGCCAAGGAGCCGGGAUGAGCCCACGGACCCCACCUGCCAGGGAUGCUGGCAGGGCAGGACAGGGACAGAGACGAGUGGCAUCUUUCGGUGGAGUCGAAGAAGAGUUUCCGGAAAAUGGUGCCCCAGCUGGGGUCGAGUGGCGAUGCUGGGAUGGAUGGAGUAUGUGGCAGAGGGCUGGGGGAAGAAUGUGACGGGGACAGGAUGGGGAUGGAGAUGGGGGUCUGGAAGAUCUGCCAGCAUGCCGGCCAGCCUAGGCCACAUGGUCAGUGGGGGACUGGCCCCAAAAUGUGGCUGCCCCUGCAGCGUCCAGCCCAGCCACGUGCCUUACCCGCAGCCCGUGGCUCCCACUGUCAUGACACGGAGGGGCAAGGGGCGGCCCCAUCCCCCAACGCAGACUGGGGGUGCCCACAGUCAGCAUGCUUUGCACGGGAGUGCCAAAGAUGGAGACUGCUCGGCUGGGCUGCGCAGAGGGGCCAGCCCACAGCACAGGCCUGCUUCUGCCCCAGAGGGCUGCAGCCCGGGCCCCACACCGGUGCCUUCCCCGGGCUAUGCACACUCUGUACCUGCUCAGGCCCACACUGCUCACGCUUCUGGGGGCACACAGAGCAGGAAGAGAUGCUUGCAGCCACCUGUACCCAAAAAGCCCCCCGCAGCCCCUCCCGCCCCAUGUGCAACCCCACACGUGCCUUGCUGAACCACACACCCCCAUGCACACGCACACCCUUGCACAUACAUGCUGCCAUGUGGGGUGCCCCAUGCUGUGCGGACCCCCUUCGCCUCCCCUGGGUGCCCCAGGCUGGGACAGCAUUGGGCAACUACACUGUAGCGACUGGACUUCAUUUAUAGACUGUGGGGAGAGGUUGUGCCCCUGCUCUGUGCCCCCACCUCUCUGCCAGGCCCCGGAGUCGCUGCUGUCCCCGCGGGCUGAAGCGAGCACAGUGCCAGAGCAGCAAUAAAGGUCCUGAGCAGCCCGAGUCUGUCUGCGCGCUUCUGUGGGAGAGGGCCGGGGUAGUGCGGCUAUGGGGCGGGGACAGCCUGGGAGGGGUCUUAGGUCAGGGUUCAACUCAAAGCUGGCAGCACACACACAGCACCACUCCUCACACACACCCAGCCUCACAAGUACCUCCACCUACAAGCACAUG